AUGAACCCAGCCGACUCGGACCACCUGAUGGCAGCCAUUCAAGUCCUUUGUUCGGUCGUGACAGAACGAACUGGCCCGUAUGAACCCAGCCGACUUGGACCACCUGACGGCAGCCAUUCAAGUCCUUUGGAAGCCCUAUGUGUGCUGAAACCCUCAGUACAGCAGAGACACGGAGAUGGAGAAACACAGAUAGACAACACGGCCGGCGUCCCGGUGUUCCUCGAGCUGUCCGUGUAUCGCCUCGUCACAGGGGGCUUCUGGAACUGCCAGUCAGCUAACCGCAAGGCAGACUUCAUCUCUGGCUUCGCUAUCAAGCAAUCGCUGGACUUUCUGGCUCUCACUGAGACUUGGAUCACACCAGAAAACACAUCAACCCCUGCUGCUCUCUCCUCGGCCUUCUCCUUCAGCCACACACCCAGACCCUCUGGUCAGGGUGGGGGCACAGGUCUACUCAUCUCACCCAAAUGGAGUUUUGGUCUCUACCCGCUUCCAUUUACCCCACUGUCUUUUGAAUUGCAUGCAGUGACGGUUACUCAUCCGGUUCAACUAACCAUUGUCGUUCUCUACCGUCCACCUGGCUCCUUGGGAGACUUCUUGGAAGAACUAGACGUCCUCCUAUCAAACUUCCCAGAAAACGGCCCCCCGCUCAUCCUUCUGGGUGACUUCAACAUCCAGACAGAAGUAUCAGACCUGCUACUCUUACUGUCUUCCUUUGCUCUCUCUCUCAGUCCUUCCCCUCCUACUCACAAAGCUGGCAACCACCUUGACUAUAUGUUCACCAGAAACUGCUCUACAUCUAACCUCACUGUAACUCCACUUCAUGUCUCUGACCACUUCUUCAUCUCUUACUCUCUCCCACUCUUUGGAACUGACAACCCUCCCACAACGGACUCUUCACCUGUCCGUCGCAACAUCCGCACCCUCUCACCCUCCUCUCUGGCCUUGUCUGUUCUGUCAGCCCUCCCUUCAACUGACUCCUUCUCACUCAUGGAGCUUAACUUUGCCACUGACACUCUCCUCUUUACGCUAUCUUCCUCUCUUGAUUCUCUCUGUCCUCUUAUGACUCUAAAGGUCCUCAAGUCCUCUUCGGCUCCGUGGUUGUCCGAACCAGUGCGCGCCAAGAGAGCCUCUAUGCGAGCAUCGGAGCUGCAGCCAAAAGUCUGUUCUACAAGUCUCGAAUCCUCUUUGUUUAACCCCAAAAAGUUCUUCUCUAUUUUUUCCAACCCCCUUGAAGCCCCUCCCUCCACCCUUCUACCAAGCCACUUUGUUGACUACUUCACAAAAAAGAUAGACAACAUACGCUCCUCAUUUACUAAUCCAUCUUCUAUAACUACACCUCCAAUAACUUCAUCUUCUACCCCCUCGCUUUUCUCUUUUACCCCCUGUCUCCCAAUCGUUCUUACCUUGGUAACCUCUGCCCACCCAACCACCUGCCCCCUUGACCCCAUCCCGUCUCACAUUCUCCAGUCUAUUGCUCUUGACCUUCUUCCCUUUCUCACCCAUCUUAUAAACACCUCCCUCUCAACUGGCUGCUUCCCUAACUCUCUGAAGGAGGCGAGAGUCAACCCUCUCCUGAAGAAACCCACUCUCGACCCGUCUGAAGUCAACAACUACAGACCUGUCUCUCUCCUUCCUUUUCUUUCCAAAACUCUAGAGCGAGUUAUCUUUAACCAAGUCUCCUCCUAUCUCCACAGCAACAACCUUCUUGACCCUCACCAGUCUGGAUUCAAGGCAGGCCACUCAACAGAGACUGCCCUCCUUGCUGUCUCUGAGCAGCUUCACACUGCUAGAGCAGCCUCUCUCUCCUCUGUCCUUAUCCUUCUAGACCUUUCCGCUGCCUUUGACACAGUGAACCAUCAGAUCCUCAUGUCCUCCCUCCAGGACCUGGGUAUCUCAGGCACCGCGCUCUCACUCUUCUCAUCCUACCUCACCGACCGCACUUACCGGGUAACCUGGAGAGGAUCUGUGUCUGAGCCUUGUCCUCUGACUACUGGGGUCCCUCAGGGCUCAGUCCUUGGUCCUCUUCUCUUCUCUCUGUACACCAACUCUCUCGGUUCUGUCAUUCACUCGCAUGGCUUCACCUACCACAGCUACGCUGACGACACCCAAUUGAACCUCUUGUUUCCCCAAUCUGAAACACAGGUAGCAGCAUGAAUCUCUGCCUGUCUGACUGACAUCUCUCAGUGGAUGUCCGCACACCACCUGAAAAUUAACCCGGACAAGACUGAACUUCUCCUCCUUCCAGGAAAAGGCUCUCCCACCAACGACCUGACUAUUACCUUGAACAACUCAGUGUUGGCCCCGACUCCGACUGCCAGGAACCUCGGUGUGACACAGUCAACUCUCCCUGGCUCCUGUAGGUACAUGCUGUACAACAUCAGGAGAAUACGACCUCUUCUCACUCAGAAGGCGGCACAGGUUCUGGUCCAGGCUCUGGUCAUCUCACGGCUAGACUACUGUAACUCCCUCCUGGCAGGUCUACCUGCUAAUACCAUUCGACCGCUACAGCUCAUCCAGAAUGCAGCUGCUCGACUGGUCUUCAACCUCCCGAAAUUUACCCACACUACUCCGCUCCUCCGCGACCUUCACUGGUUACAGGUGGCCGCCCGCAUCCGCUUCAAAACAUUGGUACUUGCGUACCGUGCUGCCAACAGAUCGGGUCCGGUCUACAUCCAGGACAUGGUCAAACCGUACACCCCAGCUCGUUCACUUUGCUCGGCUUCUGACAAUCGGCUUGUAGCUCCGUCACUACGAGCUAAACACUCAACAAUGUCACAACUGUUUGCUGUCCUGGCUCCUCAUUGGUGGAACGAGCUCCCCAUUGACAUCAGGACAGCAGAAAGUCUCUACAUCUUCCGUCGCAAACUAAAAACACAUAUUUUUCGACUAUAC